AAUAAUUUUUUUCACCCCCCUGUUCAAUUUAUGUUUUGGUCCCUCGUUGCUUUAUUUUCAUCACUUAAAUUCUCUCUUAUCCACCCUUUUAUAUACCAUUACCCCCUUCUCAACCAAUAACUUAUAUUAUUCAUCAUCUUCUUCUUCAUUUCCAUGGAGUUUACUAUCAUCAAAUCUAGACCCAUCUCCAUUCUUUUGCUUCUUCUUCUCUUACUUUCCAUACCCUAUUUUUCAACAGGUAGCUUCGAUGUUUCAGAAAAAGAAGUUUAUGAGAUUGAUUAUAGAGGUCCAGAAACACACACUUCGAUCCCUCCGCCUGGUCAUGGCCACCGCAGUUCGGUUCACCAACAAACUGAUUUACCAACUCAUAAAGUAAGAAGUGGAAAUAAAAUUCAUGGGUGAAUUAAGAAAGUUUUGAAUUUAUUGGGUUUUUUAAAGUUUUGCUGUAGUUUAUAUAUAGCUAUUUAGUUUUCUAGAUUUGAAUAUCAUAUGUGAGAAAUUUGAGAUAUUUAUUUAAAUCUGUAACAUAGACUUUAAAUUGUAAAUUUGGAUGGUGUGAUUUUGUAUCUAUCUAUAUAUAUAAGAUUUAGAGUUUGAUUAAAUGAAA